AUGGCAGGAGGAAAAGGAAAGGCCGGAAAGGACUCCGGAAAGUCCAAGUCGAAAGUCGUCUCGAGAAGCGCUCGCGCUGGACUCCAGUUUCCAGUCGGACGUAUUCACCGUUUCCUGAAGCAGAGAACUACUUCCAGUGGACGCGUCGGAGCUACCGCUGCCGUUUACAGUGCCGCAAUCCUCGAGUAUCUUACCGCCGAAGUCCUCGAAUUGGCAGGUAACGCCUCCAAAGAUCUCAAGGUGAAGCGUAUUACCCCAAGACAUCUUCAUCUCGCUAUUCGUGGAGACGAAGAGCUCGAUACUCUCAUCAAGGCAACCAUCGCUGGAGGAGGAGUCAUCCCACACAUUCAUCGUUAUCUCAUGAACAAGAAAGGAGCACCAGUCCCAGGACAGAAGGCAGCCGGAGCACCAGGCCAAGGACCCCAAUAA